GCAGUGUAGCAACUUCAUCGAUCCGCAUGGCACGGUCCGCCGAGGACGACGUGCGCCUCGGCAGGAAGAAGAUCCUGUACACGCGCGUCUGGUGGCUUCUCUUCCACGUUGGCGACUACGUCUGGCUCGUCUACAGCGGGACGUGGGCGGCGUACUUUGCCCGGCCAAGCGGCUACGACAUGGCCGGCGCCGCCACCGUCAUUGCGAUCGCCGUCGCCAGCUUUGCCGCGUACGUGCGCCUGCAGUGCUCGUCGCCCGGCGUUGUCCCGCUCGCGCCGGCCGCCGAUCCUCUCGAGACGUACGACACGGAUGUGCUCCUCUUAGAGCACGGCCUCGAGUCGCCGGUCGUUGAUGCUGCCAGUGGCAUGGAGCUGCAUUACUGCCGGCGCUGCCGCGUGCACCAGCCUCUCCGCGCCAAGCACUGCAAGGACUGCGGGCGCUGCGUCGAACAGUACGACCACCACUGCGUCUGCGCUGGCGUCUGCGUCGGCCGGGACAACCACCGCAUCUUUGUCAUGUACGUCGUCCUGCAGCUGCUCGAGGCCAUCUGUGCCAUGGACAUUGCGGUCUAUGGCUUUUCGAUGCAGGAGAGCAUCCAAGCCUGGUUCGUCGUCAACCUCCCGUACAUUGUUGUCUACGGCUGCAGCCUCUUCACGCUGCUCAUGGCGAUCCCGCUGACCUGCUACCACAUCUACCUCGUGCUUACCAACCAGACGUCGUGGGAACACGCCCGGCGACGCCAGAUCACAUACCUGCGCGACCUCCCAGGCGACAGCUCACCCUUCUCGCUCGGGUACACCACCAACUGCAUCCGGUUCCUCGUAGCCGGCGAGCGGAAUACGUGGUCGGGUCCGACGGCCGCCGACCUCAACGUCGACAGCGACGACGACGACGACGAUAGCAACACGUCCAAGGCAAGCACCGCCGAGCGCAGUGCGUAGACGAGCCGACAGCGACUACCGUGCAGUAAUAUAUACAUCUAGUUCGUGGACUUAGGUCUUGGACGAGACUGCAAUGCCC